UAACUUCUAAAUAUUUUUUCACCUCAAGAAAAGUGAUCUAACCCGCAACACAUUGCGAACAAUGAUCUAGUUUUGCUAACUAUUUUACAAAGGCAUCUAUCCAUCCACCUAGUCUUUAUUUAUUAAUAUUGUUCCAGUCUUUGCAAUUUCGUGUCGGAAUUAGCGUGUUCUGAAUUGAAUUUCCUUUUCUUUUAAGUUUUAACCGGUAAACGGACGAAAACUCUCACUUGGAUAAAUUGACAAACACGAGGUGGGCUUUAUUUUAGUCUACUUCUCUUCUCUUUUCUUGGAUCGAGAAUGGUUUGUUGUUCUUCUUCUUUUAAUGAUUCGGAUCCCAUUUCAAUUGGGUUUUCUUUCUUGUACUAGUUGAUUGAUGGGUUCCUGCUUGACUCUUGUAUUUCAUUUCCGUUAGGAUUUUGGAUUUAACACUUUCUCUAGUUGCUAUUUGCUGUACUCUUGGUUUUGGAUUGAGUUAUUGCAUCUUUGCAAAUUAUGGUUUCUGGGUUUUAGGAAUCCGUCGUGAACACUUUGCUGACUGAAAUAAGAUUUAAGAAAUGAAAGGGAAAACUGGGGCACCAGGAAGUCACUUUGUGUUGAACACAGGAGCCAAAAUCCCUGCCAUUGGACUUGGAACUUGGCAGAGUGGUGGAGACCUCUGUGUCGAAGCCGUGAAAACUGCCUUGUCUGUUGGUUACCGUCAUAUAGACUGUGCACAUCUUUAUGGGAAUGAGAUUGAAGUUGGGGAAGCCCUGAGCGAAGCAUUUAAUGCUUCGCUGAUGAGGGAGGAUGUUUUCUUGACUUCUAAGCUCUACUGCACUAUGAAUUCCCUUAAUAAGAUUGAGAACUAUGUGAGGGUUUCGCUAAAGAAUCUUGGAGUCUCCUAUUUGGAUCUUUAUUUGAUGCAUUGGCCUGAUAGCUCGGCUUUUGGUGACGCAACCGAUCCUCCUUCGAAGUCGGGGAGUGAAUACAGGCAGUUUUUGAAUCGAUUGAAGCAAGCAUGGAAAGCCAUGGAAGGUCUUGUUGACUUGGGUCUUGUCAGAGCUAUUGGUGUCAGCAAUUUCAGUGUCCAGCAGAUCAAAGAGUUGCUGAAAUUUGCAAAAGUUGUGCCUGCGGUCAAUCAGGUUGAGUUGCAUCCUUUUUGGAGGCAAGAAGAAGUGGUAAAGUUCUGUCAAUCAAAGGGUAUUCAUGUGUCUGCUCACACACCUUUAGGGGUUCCCACUUGGAGCCCUGGACCAUCUGAUAGUGGAUCAGGGGAAGAUGAACCUGGCACUCCUCGCAUAUCAUUUAGGAGGUCAAGAUCAGUACACGGACCCAUGCUGAAAUUGUGUGUCGUUUCAGAGAUAGCAGAAAGCCACAAAAAGACUCCCGAACAGGUUAUUCUACGGUGGGGAAUGCAGAGAGGUACCAGUGUCCUACCCUGUAGCCUUAAGCCAGAUCGCAUAAUGAAAAACAUAGACAUUUUUAGUUGGUCUCUGUCUGAUGACGAGUGGAACCGCUUGAAUAAGAUUGAGCCACAGGUAUGUUUAUUUGGAAAUGGCCCUCUAAAUAAUCUAUCAGACACUGGCUACAUGUUUGGUAGUGGUCCCCUUCAAGCUGUGCGUGAGAUAGAAGACGAUAUGGAGUCCAAUGCCUGAUAUUUGAUAUUAUUUUCUUGAGAUAGUGUGCCAUUUAUGUUAAAAGAUGCCAUCAUUUUAUGAGUGCUCACUGUUUGUGAGAUUUUAAUUUCGUGGAUGCCGAAUAGGAAAUCUAAAGUGACAUUCUUAUUGAUUGAAAUCAAAUUCUUUUCCUUUGUAAA